AUGAUGGAUGGGCAGAUGUGUGAAGUUGAUACGGCUUUGCCAGACGGAAACCCGAAUUACAAUAUUGACAACUGUCCAGGUGGUUACGACGUGUGGCAGCUGAUAUGCACGCCGACACCAGCUCCGACACCAGCACCAACUCGGGUUUACCAGCCGCUUGCAGUUACGUGGCCAUGUGAAAGCCACUCGGCGUGGCCGCUGUCUUUUUUCCACCAGACAGAGUUGAGCGCCACUGGUGCACCGAUUUACCACAGCUCGGACGCUGGCUGGUAUCUCUACUACGACCCCGGUUGCGCUGGUGACAGCGCCGGCGAUGACAGGUGGAUUUUUGACGAUUCGAUGCCCAGCACGACCGCAGUCAGCGACUUGGACGGAGACGGAUCGUGCAGAUACAAGGCCCGGCUUAAUUCCUUCAGUACGUUGCCGCCCACUGGCAGCGCCACAUGGAGAGUAAAUUGCGACUCGACCUGGCAAGACAUGACAGUCUCGGUCUCCGAGGUGGGACCCGCGCGCCUGGGGCGUCAUUCCCUUCCCCAGUUGUUUCUGCAGAGAUUCCCGCGACUCUGCGCGAUGCUUCCUCGCGUAGCUUGGGGUCGACUCGGCUUCUGCAAGAUAGGAUCGGGAUACGGUCGGCUGUGCUCGAUUCGCUAG